AUGUCUUCUCACAAGAUUUUCAGAAUCAAACAAUUCUGGGCCAAGAAGCAAAAGCAGAAUCGCCCCAUUCCACAAUGGGUUCGGAUGAAGACUGGUAAUAAUCGGUACAACUCCUGGAGGAGACACUAGAGGAGGACCAAGCUGGGACUCUAA